UCGUCGUUGAUGUUUGCGUCACGUAUAUGCUCUUAUCGUCGAUUCAAGUUCGGCGAAUAGCCGAUAGUGUGAUACACGAGGAAUUUGAAGUACAUUCGCGAGAGCGAAUCACGCAGCGCAGGAGAAUUCUGCUGGAGCAGUUUCGGAGAAACCCAACAAAAUGGUAGACGUGUUAUCGACACGUCUGCAGGAGAUAUAUGCCAAAUGGGAAACCAAGACGCAAGUAACGCGAAAUGCGGAACCGACGAGUACACGAUUUUCGCUGGAUGGUCUUCGACGAGCCGGCUUACAGUUACAACGAAGGAAGAUUCAGGACCGGGAACAGUCGCGUAAGAUACGAGAGAAUUCAUUGUACAGCAUCAAGGAAACUGAACCGCUGAUGCCUUUGAUCAAACACAAGUCUUCAUUCCUGCAUUACUGUUGUAACACCUGUGUGCCCGCUUCCAAGGAUACAUUAGUAAAAUCGAUGCUCAAGCAGCAGCAACAACCAUAUGGUGUGAAUAUACUGACACAAAAACCAAAUUCUCGAACGCUUUUUUCGAAAAUAUUUACUCAUCUAUAUCUUGUAUUAAGCUUCAAGAAUCAUGAUUAUCCAAGGGUUACAGAAACAGUCCUGAAUGAUGAAAAAUUAAAAGAGGCCAUCAAAUUAACUGCAUUAGAAACAGCUAAUCAUGAGGGUUGCAACGAGGAGAAAGCGUUCGCAAAGGCGAAAGCCAGAGCCAGGAGCAUACUUCUGCAAAUGGAGAGCACUUGUAGCAAUGCUUUUAUUAAAGUAGCCACGUGGAUGAUGUACAAAUUGUUGCCCUGUUUCAUACAAUCCAUCGUCGUUAUACCCUCUCAACUGGAGAUACUGAAGCAAGCGAGUAAUACUGGUUUGCCGCUUGUAAUGCUGCCCCUACACCGCAGUCACUUAGAUUACAUAAUGGUCGACUUCCAAAUGAUUGCGAAUGGUAUAAGGGGUCCAUUGAUCGCGGCGGGGGAUAAUUUGAGGAUGCCAUUUUUCGGAUGGCUUCUGAAAAAUCUGGGCGCUUUCUACAUCAAACGUCGUAUCGAUCCAGUAACAGGACGCAAGGAUUUUCUUUAUCGCGCAACUCUUCAAACGUACAUCAUGGAGAAUCUUCGUGCUGGACACAAUAUGGAAUGUUUCAUAGAAGGUGGCCGCACAAGAACCGGUAAACCUUGCAUGCCAAAGAGUGGUAUUCUGAGCGUCAUCGUCGACGCAUACAUGGAUGGCACCAUUGAGGAUGCGUUUCUAGUACCUGUAGCGAUUAAUUACGAACGACUGGUAGACGGAAAUUUUGUUAGAGAACAAUUAGGACAACCAAAGAAAAUGGAGACUUUCACAUCGACGAUUAAAGCUAUAUGGUCAACAUUAAGGGGCCGUUAUGGCAUCGUCAAAAUCGAUUUCUGUCAACCAUUUUCCCUCAGGGAAAUGGUAAAGGCUUUUCAAGCUCAGCAAAAUAAAUUGGCUUUAAAAACUUCAGAAGGAUAUUUAAAAUAUACUAUGUCGAAUUCAUCUCUUUACGGUACAGAUGUAGUUGUGGAGGAACAUCGACAAAUGGUAGAUAGUAUCGCUAGGCACAUUGUGUAUGAUUCGUCAACAUCUAUGCCGAUUAUGUCAACGAAUGUUGUUGCAUUUUUAUUAUUAAAUAAGUUCAGAGAUGGUUGUACGUUAGACAAACUGGUCGAAGCGUUUGAUUCGAUAAGACAAGAGUUGGAAUUUAGUGAAAAGAAUAUAGCGUUUUGCGGGGAGAGUGUUGAUAUCAUUAAUCAUGCGCUGGAUAUCUUAGGACCCGGCCUGGUGAUGCAACAGCGACAAGAAAUUACCGAAGCCAUUGAAGGCAAUCAAUCUUAUAAAUCAAACGUCAUCAUAGCAAUCCGUCCCAUAUCAAUUCUACCAAAUGUGAUAGAAUUAUCAUACUAUAGCAACACUAUGCUGCUAUAUUAUAUUAUGGACAGUAUAGUAGUAACAGCUUUGUAUGCUGAAUUGCAGUCUCAGAUCAACGAUCCAAUCGCGAUCGCUGAAAACAAUAUUACAGUGUUGCAAAACAGUCUGCUCGAGCGGGCGCUCAAGUUAUGCGACAUUCUUAGGUAUGAGUUUAUUUUCUGUAGGCCCUGCCAAGAAUUGAGAGACGUAAUUCUUGAAACAAUACAGAAUAUCUCGCACAAAGGCAUUAUUACCCAGAAAGAGGAAGUUUAUCUAGAGAAUGAACUUUGGAGCAAAAGAUAUGCUCAAAAUUUUGAUGACAGUUCAGACGAAGAAUACUCGAGAGAACGGGAAAUCCGGAAGAUUGAAUAUAAAGUAAAUUAUUUUUCUUAG